AUGUCGGGGUUCGCGAGCACAGCUCCUCCGCCAUUCAUGCUAAUACCGGGUGCCCCCGCGCUACCCUGGGCGAUGUGGAAAUUAAUUUUUUUAAACCACUUAGAUGCUAUCGAUGCCGACGCAUUCACCCCGAGACGGAAACGGGCCCUGCUAAUUGGAAUGCUUGGCCAGGAAGGUCAACGGAUCGUGUCCACCUUCAACCUAGCAGGAGCUGCCGUUAGCGCCGAGCUUACUGAAUUCGACGUACUGCUCCAGUCAUUAGAUCGACACUUCGGCUUUACUACCAACGUAGUUCUCGAACGCAAGAAAUUCUUAACUCGGGUUCAGGCCCCAGGAGAAAGCGUAUUGGAAUUCCUUGGUGCUUUGCGUCACCUGGGCUCCUUUUGCAAUUUCGGAGCGACUUUAGAAGAUCGCAUCGCCGAGAUUUUUCUGGCUGGACUACGAUCAUCAGAGGUACAAGAUCGCUUAAUCCGAGAGGCUGCGGGGGCUCAGCCACCAAGCCUCGAACGUGCUGUACUCCUUGCUCAGCAGUUCGAGCAGUCCUCUCGCGAUUGCGAUCAGUACCGCCAGCUAUCAACAAAUUUAAACUCGCAAGUACAGUCUUGUGUUGAGCGGGUCUUCGCGCCGCGGACGCAAGACAACGCCGCUCGACCGUCACCGUCAUCAGGCCGUGUCCAAGACGGCGAGCGCCAGCAAUUCGUUGCCUCCUCAUCCCGAGCUGAAGGUUUCAAUUUAUCUCCGCGCCACCAACCGCGCCCAUCGGCUUGUCCGGACACUUCGCCAACGUGUGUCGGAGUCGUCCACCUCCAUCCGCCUGCGAUCGGCGCCAGCUGGCCUUUCCCGCUGGGCGCGGCCGAGGAUCCGGUCGCCGACUUCCGCCAAACGGAGGCAACCGAGCGCGGGCCCCCAUCCAUGGCAUCGUGA